AUGUUUUUCAAAGCUUUUAUCCUUGGUAUAGCAUUCUAUUGUUGUUACUAUAUUGGUUGGUAUUUGAAAACUCAGGUAUAUAACGAUUCUUUAGAUUUUGAAUUAAGUUGGAGUGAAAAACAAGAUUUAGUUAAAGAAGCUUUUAGAGAUUCUUGGAAACAUUAUGAACAAGACGCUUGGGGUAAAGAUGUUUAUAAACCAUUAUCCAAGACUGGUAAAAACAUGGGUCAAUACCCAUUAGGUUGGAUCAUUGUGGAUUCUUUAGAUACAAUGUUAAUUAUGGGAUUAGAUGAAGAAUUCAAGACUGCCGAAGCUUGGGUAGCUAAUGAAUUAAGUUAUGAUUUUGAUUAUGAAGUCAAUGUUUUUGAAACAACUAUUCGAAUGCUUGGUGGGUUGCUAUCUGCCCAUUAUCUUUCAGGUAAUGAUAUGUUUUUAGAUAAAGCUGUUGAUUUAGGUAAUAGAAUCCUUGGAGCUUUUGAUUCACCUUCAGGUAUACCUUAUGCAAGUGUUAAUUUGAAGACUGGUAAAGGUGUUAAAAAUCAUGUUGAUAAUGGUGCUUCAUCAACUGCAGAAGUGUCUACAUUACAAUUAGAAUUUAAAUAUUUAUCAAAAUUGACAGGUGAAUCAUUAUAUUGGGAAAAAGUGGAGAAUAUUAUGAAGAUAUUGGAUAAAAAUCAUCCAAAAGAUGGAUUAGUACCAAUUUAUGUUCAUCCAGAAACUGGUAAAUAUCAAGGUAAUUUAAUAAGAUUAGGUUCAAGAGGUGAUUCUUAUUAUGAAUAUUUAUUAAAACAAUAUUUACAAACUGAAAAUCAAGAACCAAUCUAUAAUAUGAUGUAUCAAGAAUCAAACCGUGGUAUAAAGCAACAUUUAUUACGUAAAUCCAAACCAAAUGGAUUAACAUUUAUUGGUGAAUUGGAAAGAGGUAUUGGAGGUCCAUUAUCAAAUAAAAUGGAUCAUUUAGUUUGUUUUAUUGGUGGUUCAUUUGCCCUUGGUGCAACAAAUGGUGAAGAUUUAUUAACUGCUCGUAAGUCAGGUUCUUGGGAUCAUUUAAAAGAAGAAGAUAUGAUGAUUGCCAAAGAAAUUACUCAUUCUUGUUGGAAAACUUAUGAAGGUACUGCAACUGGAUUAUCACCAGAAAUUGUUGUUUUCAAUACAAAUGAAGAUGCUAAAGAGGAUUUCUAUAUUAAACCAUUGGAUAGACAUAAUUUACAAAGACCUGAAACAGUGGAAAGUUUAUUCAUUUUAUAUAGGAUCACCAAAGAUCCAAUUUAUAGAGAAUGGGGUUGGAAAAUUUUUGAAAGUUUUGUUAAACAUACAAAGACACCCGAUGGUUCUUAUACUUCAUUAGAUGAUGUCACCACAAUCCCAUCAAAACAAAGAGAUAAUAUGGAAUCAUUCUGGCUAGCUGAAACUUUGAAAUAUUUAUAUUUAUUAUUUGAUGAUAGUGAAGAUGAAAAAUUACCUUUGAAUAAAGUUGUUUUCAAUACAGAAGCUCAUCCAUUCCCAAGAUUUGAUCCAAAUCCAUUAUUUAAAACUGGAUGGUCCAGAGAACAGGUUUCUGAACAAAAUGAUAAAAUCGUUAAUCAAGACAAAAUUGAUGAAUCAGUUGGUGAAAAGAUUAAACAAGAUCUUGAACAACAAAAACUUGCUAAACAAGAACAAGAACAAGUUGCUGCGCCAAAAUUAGAAAAUGCACCAGCUGCCGCAGAACCUGCCAAACCUGCAAUUGAACAAUUAAAAGAUAUUGAAAAAUCUGAUGAGCAACAAGCUGCUGAAGUGGGGGAAUCUGAUAUCAAGGAAAGAUUGGCAAAAGGUGAAAAUGUUAAUCAAAUCAUUGAAGAAUUGAUUGAAAAAGAGGCUUGA